UCCCUUCAAUUUAAUCUCAUCGUAGAAAGUACAGCUUGCAUUUGUCCUGACACUUUUGCUUCACUACUUCCAACUCGUCUCUGGGAAGCCCGUAGACACGGGCCACGUCCUCAUCAUCCAAGGUCAUCACCUUCUGGUUUUCUCCCACCCACUCCGUGUUUAAUCAUUACCAACAUCAGUUGCUUAUCACAGUUGGUCAUUCGAAUCUCCAACAGUCCUUCGAAUCCCGCCUUCUGCACCUUCUAGCGACAUUCCUCAUAGUAACUCUUAUCCUCCUUCCAGAAUUUCACAACACCAAACAACGCUGAUGUUUGAAAGCGAUGUUGCAUCUCAUGUGGUUUGUCGCCCACCACUUCAUGCCCUUAGCCUUAACUGUAUCUUCAACG